CGUCUCCGUGUUUCAUUUUUCAGGGACUUAUCAGACUGCCUAGUAUUAACUAAAACAGGAUAUUUAUUUCUAAAAACCUACUGGUAACUUGUCAUACGCGAUAGUCUUCAAAUCAAGAAAAGAGUAACUCAAAAAUUAAUUGGAUUCCAACCUUGAGAAUAAACAUUUCCAAACGCCAAAUUAUUCCUUCUGGAAGAUUAAAGGAGGCUUUACUUUUUGUUUUUUGAAACUAUUCAAAAAUUACCUCUACGGGUUUAACUGAAGUGCGGUAACUUUUUCCGAAUUUCAAGUUCCCUCUAAUUUCACCAUAACUAAAAAAACUAACGAGCAUAAAGUUUGGUUAUCCCGAACUACCCCUAAGCGCCGUAUCGUCAGUCGUUUUGUCCUUAAUUUUCACAGUUUUCUACUGUUCCGUGACGGCGUUCUAUUUUGAGGUUAUGCUACAAAUAACUAUUUGCAUCAAAUUGUCCGUGCUUUUGGUUUAUAUCAGCCUGAAAUUUCCUACGAUUCAAAAACAUAACCUCGCUAUAGGAGGACGCUGACAUGGAAUAGUAAAAAUCUAGAAUAUCACAGUCUUUCUGGAGGAGAGAAAAUGCUAUGAAAAUCAAGGAGGCCAUAAAGGUGUCCUACAAUUUAUUGUAGGAAAGAGUGACGAUACGCGCCUUAGUGCCUCACAAGGAGUCAUCAAAUAGGGGCAAUUUUUUUAUAUUUUCGACAAAAAAUGGAAUGGCUCUUUUGCUACGAAAACGAUUGAUAUAUUGUCUGGGAAACUUCUUCAGGUUUAUUCUCGGGGUAGGAAUCCAAUGCACAAAAAUAGGCGAAUUUUGGGAUCACUAUGUUUGCUAUUUCCAAUCAAAGUUUUCUAUCACAUAAACAUAUGGUUGAGUAUUGUGUUACUGUUAGAUAAUUAUUAAAACGAAAACAAAACUGCAUAUUUUAAUAAAUGCGGUGCUAUUAUUUAUAUUCAGUCUUCCAUAUUGAAUGGUAAUGUAUAAAAACCCCUAGGAAAGCCAUUAAAAUAAGGAUUUCAAAUCCUAGGAAAUUUAUGGUAACUAUAAAAGCAUGCAUAUGGAUGUGAAGUUCUUUUUGGUUUAACCAUUGGUUAAUUUAUUUUACCUGAAAUAUGCUAGCGCCAUCUACAAGGCACUAGCAGAAGACAAAAAUAAAUUUAGAAACCUACUUUGAAAAGAAAGUGUUUGGUUCUGCUGUCUUAUAAAUGGAUCUGGGAUCUUCAAUCCAUUUAUUUUGGGGCCUGUCUAUUGUCUAUUUUAACUGGGAAUGUCAAUAUCUGAAGAUACCAAAUUUAAACAGGCAUAGAAAGCUAAAGAUCCUGCGCCAUCUAUCAGAUACUAGCAGAAUUAAACAGUCUAUUUCUUUUCAACGUGGUUUAUAAAUUCAAUUUUGUUCUGCUACUGUCUUGCAGACGGCGUUAGUAUCUUUCAUAUCCCUUUCUGUACACAAAGAAUACAGAAUAUUUUCAGCUACAAUAAGUUAAUCAAUUAGCCAAUUAUUUCAGAAGGCAGUGGAAGUUUCUGCAUUGCAAACUUCUAAAGAAUCAAUAAAAACAUCGACUUCAGAUUUCAUAUCUUCAUGUUUCCUACAAGGCAUUCUUCCAUUCCUGAAGUAAUGUUCAUUGGAAUAAACAGAACCAUAAGGCUUAAAAUUGGCAUACAAAUCAUCGUAAAUAAUUAAUUCUUUAUCGUCAGUACGCAGAUUUGUAUUUUUUGUUUUUCUGUGGUUAAAAUGAUGGUUGUAUGAAUAUCCAUCAUCAUGUUUGCAGUUUGAUGUUGCGUGUUUACAGCUGGAUUCCUGGAGAUUUUCUUCAAGGGAAUCUGGCGUCAUGCUUUCUGGUCCAUUCUCCGAUCUGCUAAAAAUUUUUGAAUCGCCCUGUAAAAUAUUGUAUAAAAGCAGAAACUCGUCCUUUAAUAUAGGCAACACACAAUACACUAUCCCUUCCUCUCGAAUUUCCUCCCACCACCACCUCCUUGAUUUGACAACAUCGACCUCAACAUGACUUUGACAGUUUUAAAACGGCUUUUGAUAGGGACGGACACAGCUUGCCGGCUCAUAUUUUUUCGAAAUUCAAGUGCGAUGGCUCUCAAUAAACUAUCAAUCGACGCUUUGGACCUAGCAAACAAAAGGGUCUUGAUGCGAGUAGAUUUCAACGUGCCCCUGAAAGAGGGUAAGAUAACCAACAACCAGAGAAUCGUAGCCGCUUUGGAUACUGUAAAAUACGCUCUAGACAAAAAUGCGAAAAGUGUGGUGCUUAUGUCGCAUUUGGGCCGGCCCGAUGGUACCCCCGAACCCCAAGUAUUCCAUGAAGCCAGUUGCCGACGAGCUAAAGAAGCUACUUAAUAAAGAAAUCAUUUUCCUCCCGGACUGUGUGGGACCUGACGUAGAAGCGGCCUGUGCAGACCCCAAACCAGGUUCAAUUAUUCUCCUAGAAAACUUGAGAUUCCAUGUAGAAGAAGAAGGUAAAGGAGUAGACGCCUCAGGGAAUAAAAUUAAAGCAGAUAAAGACAAAGUGAAAGCAUUCAGGGAGAGUCUUCGUAAGUUGGGAGAUAUCUACAUAAACGAUGCUUUCGGCACUGCACAUAGAGCGCACUCCUCGAUGAUGGGCGAGGGAUUUGACAAGAGGGCCGCCGGUUUCUUGUUGAAGAAGGAAUUGCAAUACUUUGCCAAAGCUUUGGAUAAUCCGGAAAGGCCAUUCUUGGCUAUUCUUGGGGGAGCAAAGGUAGCGGAUAAGAUCCAGCUGAUUGAGAAUUUGUUGGAUAAAGUCAAUGAGAUGAUCAUAGGUGGUGGCAUGGCCUAUACUUUUCUGAAAGAAUCCAGAGGCAUGGAAAUCGGCACAUCCCUAUACGACAAAGAAGGUGCCCAAAUAGUUGGAAAACUAUUGGACAAAGCCAAGGCUAACAACGUCAAAAUCCACCUGCCAUGCGAUUUUGUCACUGCCGAUAAAUUUGACGAGAAUGCCAACUCGAGCUGCGCGACAGUAGAACAGGGGAUUCCCGCUGGCUGGAUGGGACUUGACAUUGGAGAAAAGAGCAUCGAAGCAUUCAGGGAACCUCUCAGGAGGGCCAAAACGAUCGUUUGGAAUGGACCCGCGGGCGUUUUCGAGUUCGAAAAAUUCUCGCACGGUACCAAAGCGAUCAUGGACGAAGUGGUCGACGUCACAAAAAAAGGUGCGAUCACAAUCAUAGGCGGCGGCGAUACGGCGACCUGUUGCGCGAAAUGGGGCACCGAAGACAAAGUAUCGCACGUUUCCACGGGAGGCGGAGCCAGUUUGGAACUGCUUGAAGGAAAAGUACUGCCAGGCGUCGCUGCCUUGUCCGAUCCUUAGAGUUUUUUUUCGUAUAUGAAUGUUUAUUAAAUAGAUUUAUUAUAGAGAUGUAUGUUUGUAUGAGCUGUUCCAUUGAAAACUGUCAAAGUCAUGAAUAGAACCGAGAUGUGAUACAUUUUCCAAGAUGAGUCAGGCGUUGCUGUAUUUUUGUUGGAAAUAAAUAUUUUCCUAACCUUACCUACUUUCUGUCUACCCUUUUCGUUGCAGUAAUAAACAUUCGGUUUUAAGCCGGAAGCAAGAAAUGCUGUGCAUUGUCAGACAAUUGAAAC